AAAAAAAAUUAAGAUAACCGGCUAUUGCAUUAGGCUUUAUUUGUCGUGGUCACACUUCUAAUUGUCUAACUAGACUUCAAUGCGGAAGUAAACAAAUAAAAUUAUAUGCAUAGGUGGUAUAAGUUCGCAGAAGGUUCUAAUAAGAAACAGGCGGUGACUUUAAAUGAUAGAAUUAAGCAGGUUUCUGGAACAUUGAUAAUACGAGAAGCUAAAGUUGAAGAUUCUGGAAAAUAUUUAUGUGUUGUCAAUAAUUCUGUUGGUGGUGAAAGCGUUGAAACCGUAUUAACUGUAACAGCUCCAUUAAAUGCUAUCAUCGAGCCUACGAUUCAAACUGUGGAUUUUGGGAGACCCGCAACAUUAACAUGUAAUUACGAAGGGAAUCCGGUAAAAACAAUAUCUUGGUUAAAAGAUGGUAAAAAAUUGAAUUCUCAUGAUGGAAGAGUGUUACGUAUAGACUCAGUUCGUAAAGAAGAUAAAGGAAUGUAUCAAUGUUUUGUGAGAAACGAACAAGAAAGUGCUCAAGGAAGUGCUGAACUUAAAUUAGGAGGACGAUUUGAACCACCUCAUAUCAAAGAAUACUUUAGUGAUAAUACAAUGCAACCGGGAGUAUCCUUACACUUAAAGUGUAUUGCAUCUGGUAACCCAACACCUGAAAUAAAUUGGGAACUUGACUCAAAGCGACUGAGUAGUACAGAAAGACUUCGUAUCGGACAACAUAUUACUUUGACUGGUGAAGUCGUUUCCUAUUUAAAUAUUUCUUCUGUACACACAAAUGAUGGAGGACAUUAUAAAUGCGUAGCAGUUUCUAAAGUAGGUACUGCUGAACAUACUGCCCAUUUAAAUGUUUAUGGAUUACCUUUCAUAAGACCUAUGGAAAAAAAGAAUAUUGUAUCGGGAGAAAAUCUUUUUGUGACGUGUCCUGUUGCUGGUUACCCAUUAGAAUCGAUUACAUGGGAGAGAG